AUUUGAAUUUAGUGAGAGCAUUAAGCGAGAUUUAGAGAUAAAAUGAACAUAUUAACUAACUAAAAAUGAAAACCACAUUAAUAUUAACAUUCCUAAUAGCGAUUGGGUUAACAUAAAGACUUAGUUUCGAUGAUCCAAAUUUCAAUAAGUAUCUAAAAAAAAUUUGGAAACACAAAUAAUAUAGAUGGAAUCGGUGCAACAAAAUUGCCAUUCAUAGGAGAUGUUUCCUUUGUAGAUAGAGCUAAUGUUUAGGUAAAUUUGAGAUAUUCGGAUUUCGAUGUCUACAAUGAUUAAACAUACUUUGAUCUUUUUAAAG